UUCGGCGACGACGUUGGUGAACCAGUGAAGCCACACAUCACCAACAAUAAGUCACUAAUGGCUACCACACAACAGUGUCUUGCCUCUUUGGCAAGACUAAGCAUCAGACCGGCAACGAGGCCAUUGGCUACAUCCGUCCCUCGAUUCCUCGUGCCAUCCGUUGCUCAACCGCGGUUUGCCUCGGCGAACAAGGACCCCAAGAAGAAGGAGAAGAAGAAGAAGGAGCUCAAGCAAUACAGAGUGCAUAGAAAAGACAAGCUCUUGACCUUCUCCCUGUGCGAUGCGAUAAGAUACAUUCGUGCUUUCGAAGUCGGAGUUCCAGCACCCUCGGUCAAGUAUGAAAUCGCCGUCAAGCUCACCACCAACAAACGUUCCGCCAUCGUCCGAAGCCGUGUUCGUCUCCCCCACUCUGUUCGCUCCGACAUUCGCGUGGCCGUCAUCUGCAGAGAGGGCAGUCUGGUCGCGACCGAGGCGCGCAUCGCCGGUGCAGUUGCUGUUGGCGAGGAAUCACUCUUCCAGCAGAUCAAAGAUGGCAACAUCGACUUCAACAGGCUCAUCUGUCAUUCGGACUCGUUGGGCGCGUUAAACAAGGCCAACCUGGGCCGAAUUCUCGGUCCCAAGGGUAUGAUGCCAAGCGAGAAGACGAAGACUGUCACCAAAGAUGUCAAGGGCCUGCUGCGUGACCUCAGCGGCGCCGAGGAUUACAGGGAGAGGGAUGGUGUCGUUAGGAUUCCCAUUGGUCAGCUCACUUUUACGCCAGAACAGCUGUCGGACAACAUCAAGACGUUCGUGGACGCCUUGAAGAAGGAUAUCGCAAAACUGGAGUCCCAGGUUGUCAAGACUAUUGACGAGAUUGUGUUGAGCUCAACCCAUGCCCCUGGGUUCAGUCUCAACGGAGGUUUCAGGCCUACAGAUGAGAACUUGACAACGGCUCAGCUCGCUGGGCCAAUGUAAUCGCAUGCUGUUUCAGCUAUUGUAUGAUAAAAGGGUGACAUCGGGGCGCAUAUUGGGCUCGCUGUCAUGUAUGUAUAGAUUUGGGUAUCAGAGUUACCAUUAGAGGCAUAGCUAUAUUGUUUGUUUGCCUGUCAUCCCUUUAUUAUUUUUUUGCUUCUUCUCCGUAGUACAGCAUUAUCGCUUUUUGAAGACAGCGACUGCAUCUCCCUCUGCCCCCAAUAGCCGAUAAAUAGCAAGGAACUUCAAAAUCCUAACCUGACCUCGGGUGCCUGCGCUCCGCGCCUCUUUACUUGCCGUAUUCAAGUCUAGUAGGAGCGUGUUCCGGCACCUUCGGAUUCUCUCCUCCAUCUGCCUCACGAAAGAAGCAUCUCUACCAACAAUGUCUGCCACUUGGUUGACGAGCAUGUACUCUCUCGACAGAGAAAGUAACCUCGUUGGGCUGCUCCCAACGAACGAUUUGUCAACUUUGCCAUCUUCUUGGUCCAGAUCGUCUUCAUUAUCGUCAUCCUCGUCACUAAGGUCGUCAAAUAUAUCAUCCGCAGAGCCUUUGGGCAAACUGUCAACAGCCAGCCUGGCCUCCAGCGCCCCUAUCCUCUCAUCCAACUCUAGCAUGCGUCGCGCCUUCUCGAUACCAUGCCUGACGGCACCCAGUUCAUCACAGGCUUCGGAAACAUCACGUUUCCGUCGUGCGAUUUGACUUUUGAUAUCCUCGACGGCGCGGCGGAAUCCAAGAAGAGCCACGCGCACAUCCUCGACCCUAUCCUCACCACCCUUGAGCUCGUCGCCCAAGCUGAGGAAUGAAGUAUAGUUUGCGUUGACGAGCUCGAGAAGCUCCGCCGAGAUGGUAGCGCUACGUUCCCUCAGUUCCGACCGCAGAUCUUCCAGGGUCUGAUGCCGGUGCGCCGAGGUCGUGUCAACGUCUGACGGGAACAACGAUGACAAAUAGGCGGCGGCAUCGAAGUCGGGUACAAGAAAGUCUUUUCUGGAGAGAGCGGUCGGGAAAGGUAGGGCGCCAUCGUCCGAAUCCGAGUUGUUUGACGCCUGUGAGGAGUCUGAGGAUGGGAGUUGAAAGCCAGAGUAGGAUGUGGUCUGCCGCGGUGAAAGAGGCGACUGGGGGAACUGUUGCAGCCCCAGACCUACCCCUCCACUCAUCACGCGGGAAGGUUACUUGCAGACCGUCGAAAUGCUAUGUAUUGCUCGAUGUAAGAGCUUUGAAGCUUUACAUGUGCGAGGGCGCGUUUAGUAAGUCGCACUCCGGAAAGUAAAUC